AUGGGGGGUCGGUAUGUAAAUGGAACACUAAGAUGUUGUUCGCCUCUGGGAAGAGGCGAAACGGAAGAAGAGGGUUUCGAAAACGACAGAGAGGAGCUGCAAUAAUUGAAAACGUACAAAGAAAACGAGUAAGAUGAAUCCUCUGAAGUCUCGAAGUGGACGUACCGUUCAAAUAAAGACCCAUGUCCUAUAAAUCGCUCUUCCAGAUGGGACGAAGCACGUGCCGAAUCGGCGCUCGAGUACCUCGUGAAGGAGGGACUCGCGUGGCUGGACGAGCAGGCCUCCGACACGACGCAGUACUGGUUCCCUUCUCUUUUCCUGCAGCAGUACUGCCACUCUUCCUCCAGCACCUCCGUCUCCGAAUCGCUGCACAGCAUGAGCGUGAACAACUACAAUUGA